CCAAACCCCUAGACACACAGCUUUAUCACAUCAGAAACCAAGAAUGGAGGAAGAGACACCCACCCCUGUUUCUAGUGUCGCAAAGGAAAAGUCCAGUAAAGUGUCAGAUCUCAUCAAUCGUUUUGAGGGAGGCAGGAUACUGAUGUUCUGAAGGGAUGCCCCCUACGGGAAUGAACGCAUGAUGUACAACAGAGCAUGUCCUUCUGAGGAACCAGAGUAUUAAGACUUUCAUUGAAAGAAUUCCCCCUCAAGAUGGGGGAAAAUUUAAUCCUUUAUACAGAAGCAACUGAGCAUUACAAAAGUACGUUUGUCUAGUGGAAUAGAAAUAAUUUCAGAGCUUUAUCUGCAAGAAACUUCCAUCAUUAGGCAGAGACUUAAUUGCACUGCUGUCAUGACAGCUGUCAAAAGAUGGGGAAAAGAGAUUACUGCAGCACUGGAGGUUCUGUGAAUUCUUCUAGCUCAGGUCUCCAGUCCUGUUAUCACUUUGUUUCCUAGUCUUCCUCCAAAGCAUCAUUCAAGUCUUUAACAGUGCAGUAUCCCUAGAAAAACAAUUUUAUCCUUUCUGAAAGAAAACUCCUCAUGUUCAUUGUGCCCUACAGUAAUGAGUCCUACACUUCCACCUCUUAGGCAUGCCUACUGGUUUGUACAGGAACUCUUUCAAUAUUAUGCAAAUAAAGGAAGUUAUAAAGAGAGCAAUGAAAACUUUCUUAUUUGUAGGCUUUUGAAAAUAAGGGCAUUUUUGGUUUGGGGGAGUAAGGGAAGCCGCGUUGCUUUUUGGCCAACAUCAUUCAUUAAGUACACCCAAUAAUAUCUGUCCAAUGAUUAAAUUCUCCUCAAAUCUAUCAUCUGUGCUUAUGAGAAACUUCCAUAAUUAGCAUGCGGAGUUCUGGAAUAUCCUGCUGUGGCCAUGGAAGCAAUUGCUGGGUUUUUUUAAAUGAGCUCAACUCACAAAAUGUGUCUUCCAUGAAGGUGAACUUCGCUUGUAAUUAGUGCUCUUCAAAUGACUAGGUAGCAUGUUCGUGAACUGCAAACUGCGAUUGUCAAUUAUGAUAACAUAUUUUCAUUAGUCUGUACAGCCCACAAACAUGUAGGCAUGGCAAAAAGUUAAUUAAACCUCUUUGCUGUGUGCAUGCAAUUGGAAAAUGUAAAUUAAUUCUAUCUCAGAGUUAAGCUUAUUUUUUUAAAAAAGACAUAAUCUUUAUACAAAUAAAAAACUAAUUCAUUUGUUAUAUGAUGGAAGAAGAUGAAGCUAGUAUAAGGUAUUUUUUGAGCUCUGUGUACGGAAGUGCAGAAUAUGCUUAUAAUAUUUGUGUAAACUGUCCUAUAAAUAAGAAGUAAACAUAAAAUUUGUAAGCAGUCUUCAUCUUUCCAGAAGAUUAAUGGUCCAUACUAGGAACAAUAUGUUAGAGGACAGUUAUGGUAUCACUUUGCAGGUUGACUAUGGCUUGUUAAAUGUACUUCAGACAAAAAUGGAUAGGUUUUAUUUUGAUUCCAAUUAUUUUUAUUUUUUUUAAACUAUAAUGAAGCCAAGCACUUUUGCAGAGUAGGCUAACAUUUAUAGUACUCUAAAAUUCAAAAUCUCAAAAGUAAAAUAGAGAAAGAGAUAGUGAAGGGUAUGAACAAGGGAUAACGUGUUUGUAUAAUUAAAAGGCAAUUAGGGAACAGGCUGCUUGUUAGUUUAAGCAUUGGACUGGGAUUGGGGAGUCUCUGACUCUUUUUCCAUUUCUGCUAGUAAUCUUCUGGGACACUUUGGGCAAGUUGUUUCAUGUAUCAGUGCCUCGGUUCCCUUAUCUGUUACGUGUAGCUAAUCAUGCUGUCUUCCAUUUUACAAAUGAGAUUCCAGACACAUGAGGAUGUAAUGAAUCAAUAUGGAUGGCACUCUGGAUUUCCAGUAAGAAAUACAUGUUUGUGUGUGUGUUAAUGGAAUAAUGCAGUUCAAGUCUCGAUGGCCUGAACUUCCUAAUAUUAACACAGGAAAAAAUGGUUUGGGAGGAAUUGCUUAUAUGGCAAUAUAAGUAGGCGCAACUCUCCUACUCCCUGUCCCAGUGGUUUGCUGUAACGGCAUGUUUAACUCUUCUCUCAUCUAUGUUUCGUUUGUUUGGUGGUUUUAGCCCGUUAAAUCCUAGUGAUUUGAAGAAAGAUUCCUCUGUUCUCCACAUUUCUAAAUCUCAAGGAAGAUAUGGGUCAACACCAUCACCUCAGCCAAAACUCCCCUCCCAGCACCCACUACAAAAACAGGGAAACAGUAAUACCAACAAAACUCAGGUUGCACAGCUGCACACAGCCAAUGGAGUAGUAGCACAAGACCAGACAGAUGAGGACGGAAGAUUACCUGAUCGUGACUCCGCUAUGUCCGCCCCUGUUCCGGAUAAUGCCAUCAACAGCAGCUUGAUAAAUGGGGAAAGAGAAAGUACUUCCAGAGAGUCACUGCAAAGUAUGACUGCCUGCGAAGGACAGAUGCUUAACAGCUGCUACAGGACUCCAAGCAGUGAUACACUGCUCUCAUCUGAAAAUGAAACUCUAGAAAUUAAUACUAAUGUGAAGGAAGAACCAACUGAGGAAGUCAGUAAGCAAGAUCAACCUGUAGAAACAAAGGAGACAGAUGAACAGAAACGGCACAAAAUUGCCAGUGAACUUCUGCAAACAGAAAAAGCCUACGUUAGCCGACUUGACCUCCUAGAUAGGGUAUUCUAUUCCAGACUCCUUGAAGAAGCCAACAGAGGUUCAUUUCCAGCUGAAGUGAUUAACAAAAUCUUUUCUAAUAUUUCAUCGAUAAAUGUCUUCCACAGUAAAUUCUUACUUCCAGAACUUGAGAAAAGAAUGCAAGAAUGGACUACCACCCCCAGAAUUGGAGAUAUUCUGCAAAAGUUAGCUCCUUUCCUCAAGAUGUACGGAGAGUACGUGAAGAAUUUUGAUAAUGCAAUGGAAUUAGUGAAAACAUGGACUGAACGGUCACCUCAAUUCAAAUUCAUUAUUCAAGACAUUCAGAAGGAAAAAGUGUGUGGAAAUUUGACAUUGCAACAUCACAUGCUAGAACCAGUACAACGCAUUCCACGCUACGAGAUGCUUCUAAAGGACUACCUAAGGAAAUUGCCUCAGGAUUCCCUAGACUGGAAAGAUGCUGAAAAAUCCCUGGAAAUUAUAUCCACUGCAGCAAGUCACUCUAAUAGUGCAAUAAGAAAAAUGGAGAAUCUAAAGAAAUUGUUAGAGAUAUACGAGAUGCUGGGAGAAGAGGAAGACAUUGUGAACCCUUCAAAUGAACUGAUAAAAGAAGGACAGAUCCUUAAACUCGCUGCUCGCAAUACGUCUGCUCAAGAACGGUAUCUUUUCCUAUUCAACAAUAUGUUGCUCUACUGCGUCCCCAAAUUCAGCUUGGUAGGAUCAAAGUUCUCAGUUCGCACCAGAGUUGGCAUAGAUGGUAUGAAGAUUAUAGAAACUCAUAAUGAAGAAUAUCCACACACUUUUCAAGUGUCUGGAAAAGAGCGAACACUGGAGUUGCAGGCCAGUUCUGAACAAGAUAAGGAAGAAUGGAUAAAGGCCCUUCAGAAUACUAUAGAAGCUUUUCAGCAGAGGAAUGAAACUUUCAGACACGCUAUUGCUAAAGAAUAUGAAGACAUGCCUGUUGAGGUUUCUAAUGCUGAGCUUGGGAAGAGAGCACCAAGGUGGAUACGAGACAAUGAAGUAACCAUGUGCAUGAAAUGCAAGGAGCCCUUUAAUGCACUGACCAGGAGAAGGCACCACUGCCGAGCCUGUGGACACGUGGUUUGCUGGAAAUGUUCUGAUUAUAAGGCACAUCUCGAAUAUGAUGGUAAUAAAUUGAACAAAGUCUGUAAGGACUGCUAUCAUGUUAUAACUGGUUGUACAGACAGUGAAGAAAAGAAGAAGAAAGGCAUCUUGGAGAUUGAAUCUGCAGAAGUCUCUGGAAAUAGUGUCAUAUGUAGCUUUCUUCAGUACAUGGAAAAAUCAAAGCCCUGGCAGAAAGCAUGGUGUGUUAUACCUAAACAGGAAGCUCUUGUGCUGUACAUGUAUGGUGCUCCACAGGACGUUAAAGCCUUGGCUACGAUUCCACUUCUGGGCUAUACAGUAGAUGACACUCCAAGAAGUGCUGACCUCCCGCACAGCUUCAAACUGACCCAGUCUAAGUCUGUGCACAGCUUUGCUGCGGACAAUGAGGAACUAAAACAGAAAUGGCUAAAAGUCAUCCAUUUAGCUGUCAAAGGUGAGACGCCAGAAUGUCAAAAUGAACUGCAAAUGAAUUUAGAAGAGCAACCUGAAUCUUCUAAAACAUCUGAAUGCUGAAGCUCAAGAACACAUGGUAUUUUUAAAAGAUUUCAAUUGAAUUUGGGGUUAACCUUUGUGUUAACCUUUUUUUGCUCAAUCAAGGAAAAAAAAAAACAACAAACAAAAAAAAGAAACUUCUUACUACCGUACACAUCUUAGCACUUUAUGUUUGGGAAAAAUUCUGGUCUUUCUAGGGAUCUUUUUCUUAUAUUUAUGUUCUGUCAAUAAAAGUGAUGUACAGGUCCAUUUCAGAGACUUUUUAAAAAAAUGUGAAUGCUAUUAAAAAUACUUACUAACUUUACUGUACUACUUGUUUGUUGUGAUGCAAUUUUUUUUUUUUGAAAAUUCAGUUGCUCUUCAGUUAGCGUUUGCUACUUUCAUUAAGUAUGCAAAUAUUGAAGCUUCCUACUUACAUGUUAGGACUUGCAACAGGAUAAAAGAUAUACCUCCACAUUGCCAAAAUAGAUCUGUAGUUAAAUAUGCAGGGACAGUUUGGUUUAAUGUAUGUAGCUUAUAGAUUGAAAUCCACAGAUCUGUACAUAUGUUGUAUUCACUUGUCUCUUUUUAAUUAAUGCAGAUUGCUUUCAAAGGUAUAUUGGCUUUUAAAGUUUCACUUUACCAAGGAAACAAUCUAAUGAUUUUCAAUCUAGAAAUGAUUACCUAAAAUAUGAGAAAACAAUAUAUAAUAUAUGUACAGUAUUAAAAAUGUACAAUACUUGAUUUUUGCUUUGAUUUCAUGAUAUUGGGUUCCUAUUACUGAAUAAUUUAUUGAAAAAGCAUGUUUUCUAUUUGAAAUUAAACAUGGUCCUAAAUUAACAAAUACUGUUCAGUGAUUUGUUUUAAUAGCUGACAUUUAACGAUCUUGACAUUUUUAUGCAUUAAAAAAAUAGCAGUAAUGUAAGUGGCAUGCAAUGGACAAAUAAGUUCCAGUUGUGUUUAAAAGAAUAGUCGCUUUUCUUCAGUGUCCUAUCACUGUUACCUUUAAAGAGUACAGUAGUUCACUACUAAAAUGCAGUAUGUGGUUUGGAAAAGCAAGAGAUUCUAGUAACUUUCUGGGAACAUGUAUUUUUGCUAUUACGGUUAUUGGGACAAAACAUUUUGAACUUAAAUCUUUUAAUUUUUUGCAGAAGAUUAGAUACUGUAAUACUUAUUUAUGACAACAUUCUUCAAGGAUUAUUGUUGUAAAGUGGAGCCUACUUUACAUGAAUCUCGUAUAAGGUCUGAGCCUGCAAUUCUCAUGUUGCAUUAACUGACAUUAUUUGCAUUCUGCUUGUGGGAAUAUCGACUUGUUGGCUCUACAGCAUUCAGUCCCUUAUGAACUUCUAUUCCUAAUAGGGUAUUUAUUCUUAGAGGCAAACAACCUCCCUAAAAAUUUGACUGUAACAUCCUUGGAUGAAAGAUGACAAAUUCAGAGGUAGCUAUUGACUAUCAAGUAGACAAUUAAAAUAAUUAAAAAAUUUUCUGAGCCCUCAAAGGAAGGAAAAUAUGUAACUUCUGCAAUCAACUUGUCAUAAGAACAUUCAGGAGUCUUGCUUCUAAAUAUAACUGCAAACUGUAUUUUAAAUCACGUCAAGCUGAAGAGCUCAGGUUCAAGUCCAGUUUUGUUAGUAACAUGAGGGCAGAUUUAAAUUGUCACUUUUUUAUGAGAUUUCCAGACAGAGUAUUCACUGAACUCCCACUUUACUCUUUUUGUGACACUAUAGAGGAAAAAAUAGUUAUUUUGCAUUUAACAAAGGAUUGUUAAAGUAACCUCUGUUUUUAGUGUCAAGCGUACAUGAGUACACAGUGUCUAUCACUCUUUGGUAUGAAGAACGUUGUGCAAAUUAACGUUAGUGGGCUGGAUUUUGCUCUUAUCUGCACAAAUCCAAAAUAUACCAUGGCCUUUAGACUUCAAAGCUUUAAACUAGUGUUAGUAAUUAUCAGGACAUGGCAUUGUAGAGUACUAACUCUGCAACUGACUUUGUGCAUGUCAGUUCUGAAUUAUUCCUCGGGUGCUCCCUGUGUCCAGAUUAUUCUGCAUGUAACCCUAGUGUUACUUUUAUCUGAUGUGCAAGCUUUUCUGUAAUUCUCUAAGGGAUUUUAAGUUAUUUCUUCUGGCAGCUGUAUUUACUUAUGGGCCUGUUUUGAUUCACAUUGGUGAGUACCAUCAAAUCUUUGCCUGAGUUGUCCCUAGCUAGUAAGUGUCGUCUUGUGUAUGCCUUGGUGAGGGAUGGGGAACAUUCAGGUAAGCAAGAACAACUCUCCGUGGCUCACUCUCUUUCAUGGUCAUCUCCUGAAAGUGGGUAUCUUCUAAAAUAGUCUCAAGUGCAAUUGUGGGAUCUGGAGGAUCGUCUUACUGCAUCCUCACGUAUAAAAACAUUGUUUCCCGUGUUCAAGUUGUUGAGUGUAAGGGGAAAAGUUGACUUAAAGGAGUCCCCAGAUAAGAUUGACUGAGCUAUACUGAAAAUAAUACGAUGGUAUGAUUGUAAUCAUGUAGUACAUUCUGUUUUCUAAGCUCCUGCAAACUUAAUUCUGAGCCAAGCAGGAAGAUCUACUCCAGCUAAAUGAUUAGGGAAAUGAUUAGAAACAGCAAUUUCUGGGCUGCCUUAUUGUUAUAGUGGUAUUGAGUAGCUGAAGCUGCUUGAAUGGUUUCAGCAUCUCCCAGAUGAAGCCCUGCAUUUGGGCAUAAACAAUUUGAAAUGAAGUUAGCACUGAGAGUUAUUUAUUUGAAUGUUAGCCUCAUGUUUGCUCUCAGCCAUCGAAGUUUAUAUAGCCUGGGAUAUUUUAUUUACGUUAGUGAAUCCUAUUUCAUGUUCUCAUAAUCACUUGCUUGGUCCAAAUUGUUCUCUUUGGAGUCAGAAUGUAUUGGCACUUAAAUGUAUGGUUCUGCGUGUAUUUUGUAGGAAAAGUACAUACCACCAUUAUUAAAGGAGACGAGAAGAUGAAGUUGCUUCUAGAUUAAACUACCCUAACUGUUUUACUCCAUUCUCUACAGACAAGCUCCCCUACAGCAUCCAAAACUUUAACUUUAAAUUGUAAAUUAUGACUGCACAGAAACAAAUUCAAAGUAGUAACUGCUCUGACUUAAGUAUCAUGACCAAAGCAGUCAAAUUAAAACCAUAAUUCUAACAAGGUAUAGACUGUUCCCAUUUCAGCUGUUAAAUUCUUAAAAAAAAAAAAAGGCAUUAAAUGUAUUAGCAUAAAGCUGUGUGUGUAAGGAAUAAACUGUAGCUGAGCAUUCAUAAUACAUGAAUGUAGGUAAAUGGCUCUGCUGAAUUAUUUAAGCUUUGUGAUUCUUGUGUUCGAGAAAUGCUUGUUUUUCACUUUAAAAGUGAUCAGUCUUCUGUGCAAUUUAAAGCAGAUCAAAAGUUAUUUUGUGCAGUUUUUAUCUGUUCAACCAGAACAAUGGCUUGAUUUUAUCAUUGGAACCUAUUAAUAUAUUUUAAUGGGAACCUAUUAAUAUAUUUUUCAAAAUUACUUAAUAUUUUCCCCCUAUCAUGGAAAAAUAGUGUAUCAUGACAUCUGCAUUUCUGCACUACUCUUCUAGAUCCUCUAAAAAUUGUUCUCUGGUAUCAGGUACUCCUGCUUGGUUGAAGAGCUGCUGUAAAAUGUAUAGCAUCUAAUAUUUUCAAAUCCCUUUACACUGAGUAGUUUAUUCCAAAAUGUAUUUAAUUUUUAUGUGCAAAAUAGAUAUUGAGAAUACAAAACAUUCUCUUCUAUUUGGAGUAGAAUAUUAAACCACUUUAAACCCAUGUAAUAUAUAGUGGCAGCUUUUUAUGUAAAACCAUCUCAAAGUGCUUUAUAAAUCUCCUCUAAGAUUCUAAAUCUCUCUCAUAGAAAAGAGGAUUUUUAUUCUUCAUAUUUUUAAAUUAUGGAUGAAGCCAAGGCACUGAUUAAAUGUAGAAUAAAUACACUACCACCUGAGUAAAUUUUAGAUGAGGUUUUAGAAGUAUGCUCUAAAGAGUUCCAAGUGGAGUCAGGAGGAAAAAAUAUAAUAUAUAUGUAUAUAUAAAAAGAAGUGGGAAAGAUGUGGAAACACUUGAUGGGUUCUCUGGGUUUUGUUGUGAUUGGGUUUUUUUGUGUGGUGGUUUUUUUGGGUUUUUUUAACCUACAUCACCACAUCGUUAGCAUAAAAACUGGUCAGCUUUUAAUUUCAAGACAAGAUUCAAUAAAAUUAACAGAGGGUGGUGGUUCCCUAUACUGAAGGAAAGGCUUUCAGGAAAGAAAUAAACAUUCCAUGUAGAAAUAAUUCUAAGCAAUAAAAAAGGAACUUCCUCUGUAAAUCUAUUUAGAGAUCUUUAGCUGGUGUAAACUAGCAUAGACCUGUGGAGCUAUUAUACCUUCCGUGAUUCAAAUUCAUGUAGAAUCUGCCUUACAUUAUAUAAAGACACCUGUGGAAAAUCAAGAUUUCACCAGUUUGAGAGCCACUGACUUACUAUGUCUCAUCUGGAAUUGCAGUGCUCGGUUGAACUUCAGAUAGGUUUCAGCUGGAGAUAAUUGAUGUAGAGGUGAAUGUAAACAGCUGGAAAAAUAUAUCCAAAAAUAAAUGAUUGGAGAAGAGCAACACAUUUGUGGCAGAAUUGACUAUCCUUAAGAUAAAUCUGUUGGUGAAAUGGGCAUCAUUCUUAGUCCUCUGUGGUGUACUGUUAUUUGAAAUCUGAAAUUAAAUAUAUGGAGUUACCUUUUUUUUUCCUCCAGUCUGUGGCCCUAUUGGUAUGAGGAAUUUACCUAGCUGGCUCUGACCAAGGGACUGUAGUGAAGAGUGUUCCUUGGAUAGAAGUUUUAAUCUGCUAGUCAGAUUGUUUCCUAAAUCCCUUAACAGAACACAACAUUAACUUAAUGAUUGUAUAUGUGUGUAUAUAUACACAUAUGCAUAUGUAUAUGUGUGUAUAUGUAUAUAUGUGUAUUUAUAUAUUUGAGACUAUUAUUCAGAUGACCUGUUUUCAAGCAGUAUUUUACAAUCAAAAAAUACACUGUGCUGCAUUCAAAAUAUAAUGUAUAUUGACUGUGUUGAGUAUGCUUUCUGGAAGAAAAAAAUCAACAGAAGUAGAUCUACUUUUGUGGCAUGUUUACUAUUUCAGCCUAAUUUAAGCCCCCCCACAAUCAUGCUAAAUUCAGUAAGGUGUUCAAUCUGCUUCCUUUAAAACCUCGUAAUUAAAUUUCUUCUCAGACUCAACUAUGGCAUUUGGCUUUCACCCCUUCCUCUUCCUCGCACAAGUAAAUGUGGAAUGUGUUUUUUUUUCUUCAAGCAGAUUUCUUUGAAUAAAACAUGUUUUCAGCCACUGCAUACACCUGCUUCAGUGUAUAGUUCAUCCUUUUAGAUUCAUUAACUAUUUAUGGUGAAAACAUUCAGAAAAGGGGGGAACUGUGUCCAAAGCAUUUUUGCAUGUAUGUGCCCUAGUAUUUUUAAGAAAGAAGCCAAAUUUGUUGCAUAUAGGGAAGAGUUUGCAAUAGAAGUAUUGGGGUUUUCUUUUUAUUAGCAUGUUCUUUAUUCUGCAGCCCUCAAGGUAGAUUAAUGCAUUAAUUUUAGUGGGAGCUAGAUCAGCUGUAAUGUUUGACAUCAGAAUUAUAGGCUAUACAUGUUUUAUUCCCCUUCAUUAUGGAAACAUUUCUGGUUUUAAUUGAGAAAAUUUUUUACAAAAAUACUAAUAUUUGGAAGAGGUGUAAAAUUGUUCUGGUUUUGCAAUAAAGUGACGAAUCUUAAAGUGAAAUAUAAAUGCCAUUGUAAGUUGUGCAAAUGUAAGUGGUCAUUUUUAUGGUCAAGAAAUAUAUGAAUGUAAAAAAUUUGCAGAUAUUGUAUAUAUUUUCUGUAAUAUAUGUAUAUUUGGUCAUAAGGUGGGUGGAGAAUUGUAAAAAUUAAGCACUUUAAUUCCUGUUGAGUACUCAAAAAGAAAUUUGUAUCCUGUACAAUAAAGGCAUCAUUAAAUAAG